AUGUCUUACACCACUCGUCAAAUUGGCGCUGCCAACACCUUGGACUACAAGGUUUACCUCGAAAAGGACGGCAAGCCCGUUUCCGCCUUCCACGACAUCCCCUUGUACGCCAAUGAGGAAAAGACCAUUCUCAACAUGGUCGUUGAGGUUCCUCGUUGGACCAACGCCAAGUUGGAAAUUUCUAAGGAACAAAAGCUCAACCCUAUCAUCCAAGACACCAAGAAGGGUAAGCUUAGAUUCGUGAGAAACUGUUUCCCUCACCACGGUUACAUCCACAACUAUGGUGCCUUCCCUCAAACUUGGGAAGACCCCAAUGUUGCUCACCCCGAAACCAAAGCCAAGGGUGACAAUGACCCUCUUGAUGUUUGUGAAAUCGGUGAAAAGGUUGCCACCGUUGGUGAAGUCAAGCAAGUUAAGGUGUUGGGUGUGAUGGCUCUUCUUGACGAAGGUGAAACUGACUGGAAGGUUAUUGUCAUUGACGUCAAUGACCCUCUCGCUCCCAAGUUGAACGACAUCGAGGAUGUCGAAACCCACUUGCCUGGUUUGUUGAGAGCCACCAACGAAUGGUUUAGAAUUUACAAGAUUCCCGAUGGCAAGCCCGAAAACCAAUUCGCCUUCUCUGGUGAAUGCAAGAACAAGAAGUAUGCUGAAGAAGUUAUCACUGAAUGUUCGGAAGCUUGGCAAAAGUUGAUCAAGGGCGAAGCUGCCGACUCGAAGGGUAUUGACUUGACUAACACUACCCUCGAAGGCACUCCUGGUUUCGCCCCCGCUGCUGCCUCGGAAAUCCCUGCUGCUUCGGCUCAAGCUGCUGCUCCCAUUGACAAGUCGAUUGACAAGUGGUUCUUCAUCUCGGGUGCUCAUUAA